GGAUUUCAAGUUAAAACGCCACAGUUUGCUGUAUAACAUAAAGAGGAAAGAUUUAAUCAGCUGUACGUGUUAUUGAAUUGAAAUGAAGGCGCGAUUAAACGCUGACUGUUAAAUCGUAAAAAAUGUUUCAGGGUAAUGAUUUGGCACUGGAGCUUUAUUGAGGUCGUAAACGGAAGUCGACGAAACCUUUAGCUUGACGCUAAGCUUGGGGCUUGCUGUGGCAAAAACAACGCCUAACUGCGGGGCAAGCAAUUUUGCGGUAUUUCCCAAGUUUCUGCUUCAAAAUAAGAUAAUUCCCCACUGCUUCUUCUUUAGUUUAACUCCCGGGUUUUUAAAACCGUCGUUUACGGGACGGAGGAUGACGCUGGACCUUCCCGGGGCGGCGUCUGCGCGGCGUUAAGUUUACCUUGGCUGCUGUUGACUUAAGCAGCCCACGGUAGUGGGAGACGGAGACGGCGGCGGCGGCGGGGCAAAAUCCGAGUCACAAGACUUCUUCACUGAGCCGGACGGCGGCUUUCUUCCCCACCUACAGGAUUCGAAGGGAUGGAAAACCCCGGCUACUGCACCGGGAGCUUUGACGGCCUUCAUCACCCCAGUGACGAUGAUGACGACGAGAUGGUGGACAUUGCGGGAGCCACACUGGACUUCUCCACCACGGACGACGUCCCUCCUCUCAGCACAGGAGUUUAUGAGGAGUACAGCAGCAGAGGAGCAGCCGGUAUGAACGGUAACGGCCCCAGUAGGCUCGUGGACCCACUGGAGGGCCCGCUGCCUGGAGUGGGCACAUAUGAAGACUUCAACACCAUCGACUGGGUCAGAGAGAAGAGCAAGGACCGCGACAGACACAGAGACAUCACCAAUAAGAGCAGACAGUCGACUGUGGCUCUGCUGCAUAGCGUCAGUGAUGCCUUCUCUGGAUGGCUGCUCAUGCUGCUGGUGGGACUCAUGUCAGGUGCUCUAGCUGGGGGCAUCGACAUCGCAGCCCACUGGCUGACAGACAUGAAAGGUGGGGUGUGUCUCUCUGGCUUCUGGUUCAACCAUGAGCACUGCUGCUGGAAGUCCAGUGAGACGACGUUCCAGGAGAGGGACCGCUGUCCACAGUGGCAGAGCUGGGCUGAGCUCAUAACGGGGACAUCAGAAGGUGCAUUUGCCUACAUAGUGAACUAUCUGAUGUACAUCUUCUGGGCUCUGCUCUUCUCUUUCCUGGCUGUCACGCUGGUCAGAGCCUUCGCUCCAUACGCGUGUGGCUCAGGAAUACCAGAGAUUAAAACCAUCCUUAGUGGGUUCAUCAUACGUGGCUACCUGGGGAAGUGGACCCUCAUCAUCAAGACCAUCACCCUGGUUUUAGCUGUCUCCUCUGGGCUCAGUUUAGGAAAGGAAGGCCCUCUGGUCCACGUCGCCUGCUGUUGCGCUAAUAUACUGUGUCAUCUGUUUACCAAAUACCGCAAGAAUGAGGCAAAGCGGCGAGAGGUUUUAUCAGCAGCAGCAGCAGUUGGUGUGUCUGUGGCUUUCGGUGCCCCCAUAGGAGGAGUCCUAUUCAGCCUGGAAGAAGUGAGUUAUUACUUCCCUCUGAAGACUCUGUGGCGUUCGUUCUUCGCCGCUCUGGUCGCAGCCUUCACUUUGCGUUCCAUCAACCCAUUUGGGAACAGCCGUCUGGUGCUGUUCUACGUGGAGUUCCAUGCCCCGUGGCACCUAGUUGAGCUGGCCCCUUUCAUCCUGCUGGGGAUAUUUGGAGGCCUCUGGGGGGCGCUGUUCAUCAAGGCCAACAUUGCCUGGUGCAGGAGACGUAAAACCACUCGUCUCGGUCACUACCCUGUCAUCGAGGUGCUGGUGGUUGCCGCGUUCACCGCUUUAAUUGCCUAUCCAAACAGUUACACUAGGAUGAGUGGGGCUGAGCUCAUCUCCGAGCUGUUUAAUGACUGCUCCCUGCUCGACUCUUCUCAACUCUGCGGCUACAAACAGCCCCCCAACACAACAGAGACGGGCGUAGGUAACAGCCUAGCAGACCGGCCAGCAGGAGAAGGCCUUUACACCGCUCUGUGGCAGCUGGCCCUGGCCUUAUUCUUUAAGAUGAUGAUCACUGUGAUCACCUUUGGCAUGAAGGUUCCCUCGGGUCUCUUCAUCCCCAGUAUGGCAGUUGGAGCCAUAGCUGGCAGGCUGCUGGGCGUCGGCAUGGAGCAACUGGCCUACUACAACCACGACAGCGUCAUCUUUAAAGGAUGGUGCUCACCAGGAGCAGACUGCAUCACACCGGGGCUCUACGCUAUGGUGGGAGCCGCUGCAUGUUUAGGUGGGGUGACUCGUAUGACGGUGUCGCUCGUAGUCAUCAUGUUUGAGCUGACCGGUGGGCUGGAGUACAUCGUUCCCCUCAUGGCUGCGACCAUGACCAGCAAAUGGGUGGCAGAUGCUUUCGGAAGAGAGGGAAUCUAUGAGGCUCACAUCCGGCUUAAUGGUUACCCGUUCCUGGAACCAAAAGAGGAGUUUGAGCACAGCAGCCUGGCUGUGGACGUGAUGAGGCCAAGGAGGUCGGACCCUGCAUUGGCCGUGCUCACACAGGAGGGCAUGACUGUAGGGGAGGUGGAGGCGUUGGUGGAGAGCACACACUACAGUGGCUUCCCCGUGGUUGUCUCUCAGGAGUCCCAGAGGCUCGUAGGAUUUGUACUCAGAAGAGACCUGCUCAUAUCAAUAGACAACGCCCGGAAGCGUCAAGAGGGCGUCGUCAGCGCUUCCCAGGUGGUUUUUACUGAGCAUGCUCCUUCCCAGGCUCCCGAUGCCCCACCCCCCCUCCGCCUUAGAGGAAUCAUGGACCUGAGCCCCUUCACGGUUACCGACCACACACCCAUGGAUAUCACUGUGGAUAUUUUCAGGAAACUGGGGCUACGCCAAUGUCUAGUUACACAUAAUGGGAGGCUGCUGGGAAUCAUCACUAAAAAGGACAUACUGAAACAUAUGGCGCAGACAGCCAACAGAGAUCCUGACUCCAUCCUUUUCAACUGAACUUCUUCAUCCUUCCUCUUCCUCGUCCCUCCAUCCUCUCCUCUGUAGACCAGGGGAUAAGAAGACACCAGCUUGUACAGUUGAACAAAAUGCACUUUUACCUCUUCUUCAACUUUAAAAACCUGUUCAGAGAAAGCCAAGUAAGUCAAGUUCCAUUUGCACAGGCAAUGAGAGAACAAUUUCAUUUUUUUUGUAAAUUGGAGGCGUUUUUGACUCUCCGUAAACGGGUGUACCACUGCAGGCUCAGAAACAAUGAGUCAUCCUUACUGCUAGCCCCAACUUCACGUUCGACCCAGGAGGAUGUAGGACAGAUAAACAUGAGAAAUAAGUCAAUGGAAUAUUUCGCAUCCACUUUUUUUUUUUUUUUGACUUUUUCCUAUUCUUCUUCUCUUUUCAAAAGAGAGAGAAUUCCUUAAUUUAAAGGAGCAAAAAUCGUCUAUUCCCUCUGAAUUCUCUGUCCUCCAUCUGUCAUCCUGCCUCUCUGCUACACCUGAGAGAAAGAAACACAUUUAAAAGGAGGUGGGAAGCGCUAAUCCUCUGUUUAAGACACUGACAAGAGGAGACGAAGUGGAGGAGAAGAAAAUAAAGACAUCGGAGUAGAUAAAGAGAGGUUUGGGGAGCUGCGUGCCUGCCCUCCGGCCGUCACAGCAAGCGCAGACAGAGCACUCUGAGCCGGGCUGAUGGAUGCUCGAACACCUCCCCCCUCCCCAACCCCUCCCUCCCUCUGUGAGGUUUCCUGUAGCCCCAGGGUGAAGGAUACAGGAUUGUGAGAAGAGGAUCUAAUACACACAUACUUACACUCCAUAAAGUCUUCAUGACAGCCUGAGAACUCUCCAGAAAUGUGUUUUUGUUAUAGAGGCUUGAGACUUGUGAUACAGCGUGAGACUCCAGCUUGGGAAAUAUGCAGUGUUGUCUUGCCAUACAGACUCUCAGAUUGGCAAUACGACCAUCAUAUUCUCAUAUAGAAUUCAUACAUAUGCAUUGACAAUGCUGCGAAAACCAUGUCAUGCCUUAUGGAAGGGUUGAAGUAUUUCGGGGCUGCUGUGGAAGAGCUCAAAAUUAACAAAAAGAUUGAAUCAUGACACAUAAAUUAAUUUAUGUAAAUGUAAAAUUGUUUGUCCCAGUAAAUUAUUUCACUGACUUA